CACGGAGGCAUCAGAAACCAUGCUGAAGCUGCUCAGCGAUGCUAAUGAAAGAAUCUCACAAUAUGCUGCCCAGGGUCGACAAGAUGAAGACAAGCUCAAACCAGCUUUACAAGCUUUCCUCGAAUGGCUCCCAGAUGAUGGGAAAGUAUCCAUUGCUAGAGAUAUCUUAGUUGCUACUACAGAUGACCUUUUACAUCAAGUGUUUUUCAGUCUCUUCACUACCCUUGCCGUGCCAAUGAAAACACGGUCACAUGCAGGCUCCGUGAAAUGUUCCCCGCACCCUCACAGAUUAGAUGCUGAAGAAGCUGUGGCCUCUACCCUUGACGACCCGCUUGAGCGCGAGAAGAAGUUCCGCGAUAUGUGUUUAAGGAGAGAUAACUAUUGUUGCGUGGUUAGCGGGGACAUGGAUGUAGACAAGUUUUGUGAAAGAGGAAGUCCCGAAGGCGUUAUUUCGGGAGACUUGAAGGUAGCACAUAUUGUGCCUUUCUCUUAUGUGAAUUGGAAUACGUCGACACCACUACCCCAGGCUUCCACUAUCUGGGAGGCACUGAUGCGUUGUUUCCCAGGUAUCCGCCAAAUUGGACUUUCAGCUGAAACAAUAAAUCACGUAUUCAAUGGUCUCACGAUGGAAGCACCUCUACACUCCUCAUUCGGCUCAUUUAGGCUUGCAUUCAAGAGAACAGACAUCCUGCAUACAUACCAGUGCAUGACAUAUAGCGAUUUUCCUACCCGCAACCAUAUGUAUCUGCCUGAGAAUGACAUCAUAGAACUCAAGCAAGCACUGGGCGCAGAGGAUCUCCCACUACCAAAUCCUGUGUUAAUUGAUUGCCACUACCGCUUGGCAGAGAUUCUGAAUGCAUCAGGUAUGGGUGAAAGAAUUGACGAGCACUGGCGACGCUGGGAAGAUAUAAAGGGGAGUACUGCUGGACACAUGCUAAGUCCAGAUGGAGAUACUGAUCUGGGCUGUUUACUAGAAACUGCAUUUUGGCACUGUGUCAGAAGAUAGUAGAUUAUAUCUCUUCAAGCUCACCCCGCCGCAGUUCUGUCAGAAUAGAAAUCAUGAAAUUGAUAGCAGCUGCAUAUUCCGGUGUUAAGGCAGUAACUAGCUAGUAGUAGAGUACUCGGCCAAUGAG